CAGAACUCACACUAACUGACAGUAAGUUGACUCACUGUACAAGACCUCUCCCCUUCACUUCACUCUACUGCAGGGUGGGAGAUGCAACAAUGGUAUUGAGAACAGCAGGUGGUCGUCUUUCUCUGGUGGUCUUUCUCUGGUCUGUAGCAGUGGUACUGGGUCAGAAUGGCUGGAGUGUUACAUACACCAAGAAGAGUAUCUGUACCUUGAAGGGGUCAACAGUGGAUCUGUCCUGCUCUUACACAUAUCCCAGUUGGCAUAAAGUCACAACAACCUUCUGGUUCACCAAAAAGUAUGCUGUGGAGAAUUAUGUAAAUCUGAGAAAUGACCCAGACUACAAAGGUCGUGUGAUGUACCAUAGUGAUAAGAUGAAUGGUCACACCCUGACAAUCACAGACCUGAGAGAGAGUGACUCAGCUACGUACAAAUUCAGAUUCAUAACAGAUCAGACUGGAGGGAAACAUACUGGUGAUCCUGGAGUCACUCUGUCUGUUACAGACCUGCAGGUGAAGGUGACCACUACAUGGUGGUCAACGACACUGACCUGUAGCACCACCUGUACUCUGACUGGUAACCCCGCCUACACCUGGUACAGGAACAGUAAGAUUGUACAAGGGGCCUCCUCCCCCUCAUACUCAGUCUACUUUCAAACUGAAGACAGCUUCUACUGUGCUGUAAAAGGCAUCAAUUCUCCUGCAGUGUCUGUUGAGGGUCACAGUUAUUUCCACGUGACUUACACCCAUCAGAGGAUCUGUACCUUGAAUGGGUCAUCAGUGGACAUAUCCUGCUCUUAUACUUAUCCCAGUGGUCAUACAGUCUCUGAAACAAUCUGGUAUACAAAAGGAAAACUUAAUGAGGCGCCUCAAAUCCUGAGCCCGGGGUAUGGAGGUCGUGUGGUGUACCUUGGAAAUAUGCAGAGUGACUCCAUCCUGAGAAUCACAGACCUGAGAGAGGAGGACUCAGCUGAGUAUAAGUUUAGAUUCAGAACAGAUCAGACAACCUGGGAGCCCACCUUCCCUGGAACAACUCUGACUGUCACAGGUCUGCAGGUGAAGUUGACUCCUGCCACUGUGACAGAGGGACAGAAGGUGACACUGACCUGUAGCACCACCUGUACUCUGGGUGACAACCCCACCUACGUUUGGUACAAGAAUGGACAUGUAACCACAAAAUCUACCAGUCUGUUCCUAAACCCAGUCAGCAGUGAGGAUACAGGCAGAUACUCCUGUUCUGUAGAAGGUCAUGAGGAUCUCCCCUCUGAUGAAGAGACUCUCACUGUCACAUACGGCCCAAAGAACACCUCAGUGUCAGUCAGUCCCUCUGGUGAAAUAGUGGAGGGCAGUUCAGUGACUCUGACCUGCAGCAGUGAUGCCAACCCACCUGUGGACAAAUACACCUGGUACAAGAAGAACGUAACCUCACCAAAAGCAUCAGGACAGAGUUACAGCAUCACUAACAUCAUCUCUGAGGACAGAGGAGAAUAUUACUGUGAGGCCCAGAAUGGAAGAGGAUCUAUGAACUCUACAGCUCUGAUGAUCAUUGUAGCAGGGAAACAAACAUCAGUUCUGACUGCAGCUGUAGGAAUCACAGUGUUUAUUCUGGUUCUCAUCCUCUUUCUCCCUUGCUUCAUGUGGUUCAGGAGAUCCACAGGAGGAAGUGAUGUCACAGCAGACACACAGAGUGCCCAUCCUGAUCCUAACAGUGACACGUACACAGCACUGAACAUGAAGACCAGGUCACCAGAGUAUGACACCCUGGCAAAUGUGAGGGACUCCUCUAGUGACACAGUCCCUCAGAUAGAUGCUGAGCCCUCAGAUUAUGAGAACUGUAGAGAACCACCACAUAACCUGGACUGAAGGGAACCACCACAGAACCUGGACUGAAGAGAACCACCACAGAACCUGGACUGAAGAGACUCACCACAGAACCUGGAUGAAGAGCUUCAGCACCAAACUAAAGCUAGGAUUUACACCUCUAUUCUCCCGCUAUCAUACUGCUGUCAUAUCUAGAAGGCUUUCCAGAUAAUGAGCUUUAACGUUUUAGAAAAUCAUGUCAUUAUUUUUAUUUUCUUGCAAAGUUAAGGAAAGGGAAACUCUCCUCUCAACCUUGUCUUAUCACUCCAAAGGGAAACUCUCCUCUCAACCUUGUCUUAUCACUCCAAAGGGAAACUCUCCUCUCAACCUUGUCUUAUCACUCCAAAGGGAAACUCUCCUCUCAACCUUGUCUUAUCACUCCAAAGGGAAACUCUCCUCUCAACCUUGUCUUAUCACUCCAAAGGGAAACUCUCCUCUCAAACCUUGUCUUAUCACUCCAAAGGGAAACUCUCCUCUCAACCUUGUCUUAUCACUCCAAAGGGAAACUCUCCUCUCAACCUUGUCUUAUCACUCCAAAGGGAAACUCUCCUCUCAACCUUGUCUUAUCACUCCAAAGGGAAACUCUCCUCUCAACCUUGUCUUAUCACUCCAAAGGGAAACUCUCCUCUCAACCUUGUCUUAUCACUCCAAAGGGAAACUCUCCUCUCAACCUUGUCUUAUCACUCCAAAGGGAAACUCUUCUCUCAACCUUGUCUUAUCACUCCAUUCCUCGUCAAUUGUACAACUGAAUGCAUUCAACUGAAAUGUGUCUUCCGCAUUUAACCCAACCCCUCUGAAUCAGAGCGAUGCGGGGGGCUGCCAUAAUCGACAUCCUCAUCUUCGGUGCCCGGUGAACAAUGGGUUAACUGCCUUGCACAGGGGCAGUAAGACAUAUUUAUGUAAUUAUGCUUAUUGGUGACAUGUCAAGUGUUUCCGAAGCUUUAACUUCUGAGUAAAUGCUGGAGUUGAAUUCUCUUUCCUUGUAAUGAUAAUUGUGUAUAUUGAUGAGAAAUAAGAUCGAUUAUGUUUCUGCUCUUUUUCAAUGAGAUUUGACCAUUUGUAGAUUCUCUGUAACACAUAUCGCUUUUCUGUUUACUCUCUGUAGAUUAAUAUUAUGUUUCUGCUGUUUUUCGUUGUGAUUUGUCUUUUCCAGAUUUUUAUAACAAAAAUAGGCCGACAUUUCUCAGUGACUAAUAUUGAUAACAGCUUUUUAUUACUUCUAGCUCUUGGACCAGGUUUCUCCUUGUCACGUUCUGACCUUUGUUUUUGUUUUUGUUUUAGUAUGGUCAGGGCGUGAGUUGGGUGGGCAGUCUGUUUGUUUUUCUAUGUUGGGUUUUGAGUUCGGCCUAGUAUUGUUCUCAAUCAGAGGGAGCUGUCCAUUGUUGUCCCUGAUUGAGAAUCAUACUUAGGUAGCCUGGGUUUCACUUUUGGUUUGUGGGUGUUUGUUUUCCGUGUGAGUGUUUGGUCCACACGGUACUGUUUCGGUUUUCGUUAUUUCACAUUUAUUGUUUUGUAUUUCGUAGUGUUCAGUUUACGUCUUAAAAUAAACAUUAUGGACACUUACCACGCUGCGCAUUGGUCCUCCGAUCCUUCUCGCUACUCCUCCUCAGAAGAGGAGGACGACAUCCCUUACACUCUUAAUUAUUUACUUUGUAUUCCUGUCAGACAUUAUUGCACAUUUUAUAUUCAUUAUUUUAUAUUAGGUAAUACCAUAUUGUUCAGUUUCAUGAUAUCACUUAUUUUAUUAUCAACACUGUUCAUUAUUACAUAUUUUAGAUACAUUAAAUACGUUUACCUUUGCAGUUUUUACAAUUUGGUUUGGUGUCAAUACAGUAUAAGCGCCAAGUUGUAAAUAAGCUCAAAGUUCAAGAUAAGAAAUACAUUGAUUAUUUGAUCAACUAUUAAUACAUUGAUUCAUAACUA